AGGAAACAUAAACUGUUCUAUACACAGAAGAGAUUCGAUCAUUUGAGUUCUGAAUAUUCCUAUGAACAGAGUCUUCUCCAACCAUUUCAAUUGGACUUCUCACUAUACCUCUCUGUCAAUGGCUUCCAUUCGUUCAAGCUUGCAGGAAUGCGUCACCCCAAACACUCUCAGAGCCUAUCUCGCCGAGUUCAUCUCCACCUUCUUCUUUGUCUUCGCCGCCGCGGGCUCCACCAUGGCUUCUCGGAAGAUGUGGCCGGAGGCUGCUUCGGAUCCGGCAAGCCUGGUCGGAACUGCCGUAGCCAAUGCGUUUGCAUUGACGGUGGCUGUUUAUAUUUCCGUUGGUGUCUCUGGAGGCCACGCAAAUCCGGCGGUCACUCUGGCUAGGACUGUCUGCCGCCAACUUAAUGUUUCAACGGCCAUCUUUUACUGGAUCUCGCAACUGCUUGCUUCAGUCAUGGCUUGCCUCCUCCUAAAAGUCACCACUGUUCAACAGCACGUUCCAAUUCUCGGGAUUCCAGAUGAAAUGACGGGUUUUGGGGCAUCGAUAUUGGAGGGAGUGAUGACAUUUGUUUUGGUGUACACGGUUUAUGCUGCCGGGGAUAACAGGAAGGGUCACAUGGGUGCCAUCGGACCAUUGACCAUCGGGUUGAUCGCAGGUGCGAAUGUGUUGGCAUCCGGGCCGUUCACCGGUGGAGCCAUGAACCCGGCAUACGCUUUUGGGACAGCUUUGGUCGGAGGGAAUUUCCAGAACCAGGCAGUGUAUUGGAUCGGACCCCUAAUUGGGGGAACCAUUGGUGGUGUUCUCUACGACAAAGUGGUUUUUCCAUCUUCUGAAUCUUCUGAUUCAAUGGGGGGUUUGAGUGAGGUGGGGGGUGUUUAAUGUCCAUUAUUAGUAUGUGAUAUUAAUGUGAUUUGAGUGUAAUUGGGCAGUUGUAUCAUGCAUGUCUUUUAAAAUGUCCAAUUUAUGUGUUAAUUAGGUAAUUAUUAGCCUCUUCUCCUCUCUCCCGACCGGACUACAACAAGUUAUUGUACGUUUUUAAUUUUUUAUGUCAUUUGUAAGC